UGUUACAGGAAGUCGGGUGUUUCCCGGUCGUCUGUGUUUUUUUCCCACCUGCAUCUGAUAGGCACCGCCCUUUUACUCUGAUUGGCUAAUAGUUCAGUUAUAAUGAAACAGGUUUUUGAUUGGUUGAGAUUACUGUUCAUUAUCGGAUAAUGGCGCAACUAGCCAAUCGUGACGAAGAGGGCGGGUUUUCCGCAAUACGGUUGGGAAAUGAAACUGUCAGCUGAGCUUUUGUGUUGAAGAAGUCGGAAGUGCGGAGAGGACGCUUGCGGUUUAUAGAGCUCUAUAAAAACUGAAGUGUCAUCCCGCAUCUGUGACAUGACAGCACGAUUGCAGCGUCCUUCUCACCACUGACAUUUAAAGGUUGUUUAUUCAGAUCGCUGUGCUUGUGUUUUCUCUCUCCGAAGCGCUUUAUUUCUCGGCCGUAUAAGACUGUCAUGAGAUCAGUUUGGGCAUGGCGUCGCUCCCGAGUUUCUGUAAGACGGCGGGAGCAGCGGAGGAUGAGAACGGAGAACCGGACCGGUCCCUGCAGCACAUGCUGAAGGCCAUCGCAGACGAACGGAACCGACUGAAUAUACGACAGGAGAUAAGCGGGAUCGGCUGUUUUAAAGAUGACCGAAUUGUGUUCUGGACAUGGAUGUUCUCCACAUACUUCAUGGAGAAGUUGUCACCGCGUCAGGACGAUAUGCUGUUCUACGUGCGACGCAAGCUCGCUUACGUCAGCGCCGACAACACCGAAGGGAAAAAGGUAGAAGUUGAGGUGUACAGAAGGGACUCGAAAAAGCUGCCUGGACUGGGGGACCCUGACAUAGACUGGGAGGAAAGUGUCUACCUGAACCUCAUAUUACAGAAGCUGGACUACAUGGUCACAUGUGCUGUGUGUACACGAACAGAUGCAGGAGACAUCCACAUCCACAAAAAGAAGACGCAGCAAGUGUUUGCGUCUCCCAGCAAGCACCCGAUGGACAGCAAGGGUGAGGAGUCGAAGAUGAGCUACCCCAACAUCUUCUUCAUGAUCGAUAACUUUGAGGAGGUGUUCAGUGAUAUGACUGUUGGAGAAGGAGAGAUGGUGUGUGUAGAGCUGGUGGCCAGUGACAAGAGCAGCACUUUCCAGGGUGUAAUCUUUCAGGGUUCCAUCCGCUACGAGGCCCUCAAAAAGGUUUACGACAACCGGGUGAGUGUGGCUGCUAAAAUGGCCCAGCGCAUGUCCUUUGGCUUCUACAAAUACAACAACAUGGAGUUUGUGAGGAUGAAGGGCCCUCAGGGGAAAGGGCACGCCGAGAUGGCUGUGAGUCGAGUGCCGACUGGAGACACGUCACCCUGUGGCACCGAGGAGGACCAGGACUCGCCGCUGCACGAGAGGGUGACGUCGUUCAGCACUCCCCCCACCCCCGAGAAAAACAGACCCUCCUUCUUCUCUCCCUCUCUGCGCCGCAAAGUUCCCAGAAACCGCAUAGCCGAGAUGAAGAAAUCCCACUCCGCCAACGACAGCGAAGAGUUCUUCAGGGACGAGGAUGAGGAAGACCUGUGUAAUUCCAAAAACCUUCGCUCACGCUCUCUUUCGGGAACUGGCCGCUCACUCGUGGGCUCCUGGCUGAAGCUAAACAGAACAGAGGACUACUUCCUGCUCUAUUCCCAUCUCACCUACAUCACUCUUCCUCUGCAUCGGAUAACUACAGAUAUCCUGGAGGUGAGACAAAAGCCUAUUCUGAUGAUCUAGCGGCUCCUGACUCCCUUAGAAGUUGUGACUAAGUGCCUCUCCACAUCAGGCCCCUCAGACGUCAGCACCACCUAGCAUCCAUAUAGAGAGCCAAAAAAAACAAACAAAAAAACCCACCACUGACUAAAGGAGAGGAGAGGAAAUGUAAGAACUAAGGACUUAUUUAAAAAAAAAAACCAGCCAAUCAAAAGUGCCUCUUCCACCUGUUUUCUGUGACAGUCUGUAUGUGGACACGAGCGCAACAACCCGAGUGACUGAACACCGUCCUGAAAUGCCUCGUUCUAUCUGAUCAGCUCAGGCCUGGAAGGCAGGACUGGCUUCACGUCCCACCUGCGUACGAAAGGGAAAAAAAAUAAAUAACAUGCAAAAGAAUGUCUCAUUGUAAAUACACUGCUGCUUAGAAUACUCAGUGAAUCUACCAACCACGACCCUCGGAGCCUCAUGUAAACAGAAUCUGCUGGGUCUUUCAAUGUUGUUGAUUUGUGCAUAGUGCUUUUUUCAAAAGGCGACCCCAACCACACCCAUAAACCCCUCUCCUCGCUUCCUCAUCCCUAGGCCUUAACACCUCCUUACCAGCUAAAAUUACAUCUAGACUCUGUUAUAUGACCUGCUCCAUAUACAGAGUCUGGAAUUGGAAAUGCUGGAUGUGUCUUAAGUUCGACCUUCUGGUUCACACCCAAAUAAAAAGGAGAAAAGGAAAAAAAGCCGCACAUGUAGAUUUCUUUUGUUUGUUUGUUUUUUUUUUGUUUUUUUAAAAAGACAUAAUACAUUUGUUCAUUUGUAUGUUUGGAGAUAGUUGUAAUCAUUGUGAUAUUUAUUACUUGGUAUGAUGCGAAAGAUGCUGAAGAUGAAAGGCCGUGAAGAGUGUAAUUUCUUUUGUUUUUCCGAAAUUUACACAGUAAAACUGCUACAUUUUAGAAACACACCUACUAGCUGUUCUGCAGAAGCCAUGAAACACAAGUUGUGUGGUAAAAGUUGAAGAGCUUUGCUGUUUUUGUUUUUGUUUUUUUUUAAUAUCCUUCAAUAAUAGGUUCAAGUUAGCUUGACCAUACUUAAAGGCAUUACAUUUUUUUUAGCAAUCCUUCAACAUAGACAGACACACAAACACACACAGACACACAGUCUGGCUUAGUCUCAUUAGUAUUCAAUAAUAUAAUCAAAUAAUAAUCAUUAAGUGAAUCUUACUGAUAGAUUGUAUGGUAUUACAUAUUCUAGAUAUUUUAAUACAGUGUUUAAAAAAAGGCAAAACAAGAUAAUAUAUUGAAAAAAUGAUUACAACUAAACACAACAUACAGAAAUGACAAAAUAUCUAAAUAAUAUCAUGACAUAACACGUUAUUAAGUCAAACUUUUUUUCCUCCAACCUGCAGUUCAGGAUAGUCACACAAUUUGGCUUGUUUUGUCUGUUUGAUUUGAACAUUUUUUAGGGUUUUAGGGAUUUGUGAACUGAAACUCUGACCAUUACUGUUACGUCUGUCUUUCCUCGUGAAGAAUAUUUACAGUCUAGUGACUGUUAUGUUUUUUUUGUCGAUCGCCUUUAAAAAUCGCUGGCAAUGAAGUGUUUAUGGAAGAAGUGAGGAAAAAACCCGGGUUGUCAGUAUUAUGUUGGGUUUUGUGAGCUGAAUGUAUUCCUUAGUGACUGCUUUAAAGACGGCUUUAGUAAUUAUUUCAUAUUCCACACAGGCAACCUGAUUCGUCAGCAACAUUUUUUUAAUGCUUUAAAAUUCACUUUCUUUGGGUUUCAUUGGAUUUGUUUUCCUUGAUAGGCUGUAGAAGCCCAUGUCAACCAAAUAGAAACCUCUUUUCCAGAGAGUUCUUGUGGUAUAUACACAGCUCUUUAAUCGCUUUAACCACGUUUUUUGUAUUCAGUUUUAAAAAAAACCUACAUGUGCAUGUUUAUCUUCUAUUUAUGUUACACUGUUAAUAAAUGUACAUUUUCUGUACCUCUUAUUGAAAUAUAAAUUACCAAAAAAAAGUGAUUUGAAUUAUUUACAGAACUAUUGACACAUCAGAAAGAAAUGCAAGCUACAAAA